AUGGCGACCGCCGAGCUCGGCGGGCUCCCCGUGCGGGGCUCCACCCCGGGGCCGCGGCCUGGCGGGACCCCGCGGCCGGGGGAGCGCAGCCCCGGGGCGGUGGAGAAGCGGGGGCCCUACAUGCUGACGCGCGCGCCUUCCCUUCAGGCCAAGCUGCAGAAGCACCGGGACCUGGCCAGGGCCGUGCUGCGGAGGAAAGGCGUGCUGGGGGCCUGGCCGGGCCGCCCCGACUCUUCAGGGAAAAGGUCAGUGAAGUUUAACAAGGGCUACACUCCUCUUAGCCAGAGUCCCGACGAGAACCUGGUGUCGCUCGACUCUGACAGCGACGGGGAGCUGGGAUCCAGGUCCUCCGGCUACUCCUCCGCAGAGCAGGUGAACCAGGACGUGAGCCGGCAGCUGCUGGAGGACGGCUACCACCUGGACGAGAUCCCGGACGACGAGGCCCUGGACCUCAUCCCGCCCAAGCCCAUGGCGUCCGCCUGCUCCUGCACCUGCUGUCUGGGGGACUCGUCCUGCACCCUGCAGUAGGCGCGGCCCCGACCUGGGCCCCCGCCGGGGACCUGCCGGCUGCCGUCCCCACGCGUGGGGACCGAGGGGGCCCGGGGAUCCGCGCGGACCCGGGGACGGCCGGGGAAGAGCUGCGCGGGGCAGACAGCAGCACCUAGCGCGUGCGGCUCGACCUCGCGGGGAGUCCCGGGCCGGGGCGGCCCGGCGCGGCGUGCUCCUCUUCCCUCUCGGGUGUCUGUCGCUCCGCCUGUGUGCGCGGCGAGGCGGUCCGCGCGCCUUCCCCGCGGGACCCGCUCCUCUCGGGGAGCAGCCGUGGCCGCCGGCAGGGAGCGGAGCCCUGGAAGCUGGGGAGCACCGCCCGCAUGGUUGGACGGCUGGGGCGGGGCGGCCAUCGCUGUGUGGCCGCCCGGGAGGGGGCUCGGCUGCGCAGGGAGGCCGGAGGGGAGCCCCCCCUCACAGAUCUGCACUCGUGAAAAUAAAUGCGAUCCUUCCAGCCGCA